GUUAUCGAAAAUCUUAAUAUUUAUUUCCGACUUAUUUACCAAACCAGCAAUGCUACCAUCAAAUGGAGGUCGACUACUUAACAAAUCGAUUCGCUUUGUGGAAUCAUGGAUCGGGAGCCUGAAGGUCCCACAAGAGGUCACGGAUACCGCCUCUUCCGUCCAGAAUUCAGAAAACCAAGGACCCGUCAAGCCGGCUCGUUUGCCGAAGAAAAAGGGGGCCCCGAGCGAAGCGACCGCGAUGUCGCGCUGUUGCUUUGCAGUAGGAAGGAUUGUUGAGGUCAGAAAACAUCCCGAGAGCAACAAGCUCUAUAUCGAGAAGAUCGAUCUCGGUCCCGAGCUUAACGCCUUCACGAACAAUGAGCCGCGCACGAUUCUUAGCGGUCUGCAGGAGUUCAUCACCGAGGAGGACUUCCUGAACCGUUUGGUGCUCGUGAUUGCGAAUUUGAAGCCGCGCCGGGUUGCAGGGAUUGUCUCCGAUGGCAUGGUCAUGUGCGCGUCUGCGGAGAGAACCCCGGAGAAUUCGUCCUCUGCCGGGGAGGCGGCCCGGGAGGUGGUGCUGCUCGACAUCCCGGCGGGGAGCGGGGUGGGGGAGCGGGUAGUCUUCGAGGGCCACACCGCCUCCUACGAGCCGGUGCUCAAAGGGAAAAACGCGGAGCGAUUCGACGAGGUGAUGAAGGAGGUUUGUACCAACGAGAAAGGGGAGGUGUGCUGGAAGGGGAUUCCAUUUAAGACAUCAGCUGGAGUCAUAACGGCUUCUCUGUGCAACGCGCAGAUAUCGUAAAUAAGCAAAGGGUGAUUGGACUAGGGAGUAAUAGUGUAAUACAAAUGAUUUUAUAGUAUUCUACGUGGUGUUUAUCGAUAAUUAAAACCUAAUAAU